AUGUGGUUUACUGAAGGGCAGCAGGAUGUCAUGAUGGAUUUGCUGCAGGGUGUGGCGCAGUAUACUUUUCGCAUAAUUGGAGAAGCGCGACUCAAGCAUUCACCAAGCACGAUUACCACAGGCAUCCGGCCCACUGUUACCGCCAGCUACAUGCCCCCUGACUUUUUGGCCAGUUCGCGUUCGCACUACAGCAUACCUACCUAUGACACUCCCAUUGAUGAUCUGAGACGAGCUCUCCAAGGGAGGCUGGUUUUAUGUUAG